GGCGGGGCCUCGGCGCCGGGAGCGAGCCCGGCGGGGCGCGGGCGCAGAAUCUAAAAAUUUACGUUGACUUCGUUGAAUGCGUCAAAUUCUAACAAAAUGGAAGCCAAAGCACAGCAUGAAAUAUACCUUUGUCUGUAUUAAUAUGCAUGAAGAUUAGAAGCUUGUGUGUCUCUGAAACAUCAGCAGGGAGGUGAAAUGGAAGGUGAAGCAGUCGAAGCCAUUGUGGAGGAAUCGGAAACUUUUAUUAAGGGGAAAGAGCGCAAAACCUAUCAGAGACGCCGCGAGGGAGGGCAGGAGGACGAGGCUUGUCAUAUAGCUCCCAACCAGGCAGACGGAGGGGAGGUGGUGCAGGAUGUCAACAGCGGCGUGCAGAUGGUGAUGAUGGAGCAGCUGGAUCCAACUCUUCUUCAGAUGAAGACUGAAGUAAUGGAAGGUGCCGUGCCUCAGGAAACGGAGGCUACGGUGGAUGACACGCAGAUCAUAACGCUUCAGGUUGUUAAUAUGGAAGAGCAGCCUAUAAACCUUGGUGAGCUUCAGCUGGUCCAAGUACCCGUUCCAGUGACUGUACCCGUUGCCACCACGUCUGUGGAAGAACUUCAGGGAGCUUAUGAAAACGAGGUUUCCAAAGGAGGCCUGCAGGAGGGAGAGCCCAUGAUCUGUCACACCCUGCCUUUACCAGAAGGCUUCCAGGUCGUGAAGGUGGGUGCUAAUGGAGAGGUGGAGACACUGGAACAAGGGGAACUUCAGCCACAAGAAGAUCCCAAUUGGCAAAAAGAUCCAGACUAUCAGCCACCAGCCAAAAAAACAAAGAAAAACAAAAAGAGUAAGCUUCGCUACACCGAGGAGGGCAAGGAUGUGGAUGUCUCUGUGUACGACUUCGAGGAGGAGCAGCAGGAGGGUUUAUUGUCUGAGGUCAAUGCAGAGAAGGUGGUGGGCAACAUGAAGCCACCUAAACCAACAAAAAUUAAAAAGAAAGGUGUAAAGAAGACAUUCCAGUGUGAACUGUGCAGUUACACUUGUCCACGCCGUUCCAACUUGGACCGCCACAUGAAAAGCCACACUGAUGAAAGACCACACAAGUGCCACCUCUGUGGCAGGGCAUUUCGGACAGUCACGUUACUGAGGAACCACCUCAACACUCACACAGGUACUCGCCCUCACAAGUGCCCAGACUGUGACAUGGCCUUUGUGACCAGCGGGGAGUUGGUGCGGCACCGCCGUUACAAACACACCCACGAGAAGCCCUUCAAAUGCUCCAUGUGUGACUAUGCCAGUGUGGAGGUUAGCAAAUUGAAACGCCACAUUCGUUCUCACACUGGAGAGCGUCCGUUCCAGUGCAGCUUGUGCAGCUAUGCCAGCAGGGAUACCUACAAACUGAAGAGGCACAUGAGGACCCACUCUGGAGAGAAGCCAUAUGAAUGUUACAUCUGCCAUGCUCGCUUCACUCAAAGUGGUACCAUGAAGAUGCACAUUCUGCAGAAGCACACGGAGAACGUGGCCAAAUUUCACUGUCCUCACUGUGAUACUGUGAUAGCGAGAAAGAGUGACUUGGGUGUUCAUUUGCGAAAGCAGCAUUCCUACAUUGAACAGGGCAAGAAGUGUCGCUACUGCGACGCUGUGUUCCACGAGCGCUAUGCCCUCAUCCAGCAUCAAAAGUCUCACAAGAACGAGAAGCGCUUCAAGUGUGACCAGUGUGAUUAUGCGUGCAGGCAGGAGCGGCACAUGGUCAUGCACAAACGGACCCAUACUGGAGAAAAGCCUUAUGCCUGUAGCCAUUGUGAUAAAACCUUCCGUCAGAAACAGCUCCUCGAUAUGCACUUCAAACGAUACCACGACCCCAACUUUGUCCCUGCUGCCUUUGUCUGUUCCAAGUGUGGUAAAACAUUCACUCGCAGGAACACAAUGGCCAGACAUGCUGAUAACUGUUCUGGCCUAGAUGGUGGGGAAGGAGAGAAUGGAGGAGAGACAAAGAAGGGCAAACGUGGCCGAAAGAGGAAGAUGCGCUCUAAGAAAGAAGAUUCCUCUGAUAGUGAGGAAAACGCUGAACCAGAUUUGGAUGAUAACGAAGACGAAGAGGAGACAGCAGUAGAAAUUGAGGCUGAACCAGAAGUUGAGCCGGAGGCUCCUGCACCACCUCCCAGUAAGAAGAGGAGAGGGAGGCCACCAGGCAAAGCUGCCACCCAAACAAAACAAUCCCAGCCUGCAGCAAUCAUUCAGGUUGAAGACCAGAACACUGGUGAAAUCGAAAACAUCAUAGUUGAAGUAAAGAAAGAACCUGAUGCAGAAACAGUAGAGGAAGAGGAGGAAGCUCAGCCUGCUGUAGUGGAAGCUCCAAACGGAGACCUCACUCCUGAGAUGAUUCUCAGCAUGAUGGACCGGUGAUGGAGGAGGACCACGCCGGAUACUGAACUGGCCUGGGCUGUGUUUAAGCGGCUCAAAUCUAUUUUUCCUUUUACCUUUUUUUCUUGGCUUUGGGAAAUGCAUCAUUUUAGACCAUUUUACCAAACAUACUGGGAAAUAAAACUUCAAAAUGAUGUUAGAAUGUGAUUUAACUAGAACUUGCUGUUUUAUGUUAGCAUUACAGGAUCAUGGAACAUUAGGAAAUGCUUCGGAGUCCAUGAGGGUUUCCCGUGAGGUGCUUGAUUGGUUUUGUUCUCAGCUGCAUUGUAAACAGGCUCCUCGGACGGCCAGCUUUACGUGCAACGAGUUUUUAUGAGACAGAAGUGGAAGCCUUGAGUAGAAUGUGUGGUAAACCACUCCGGACUUUGCCCUUCCAGAUCCCAGAGUCCUUGAGCCUCCUUCUCUCAGUAGUGUUUUUAACUGUAAAUGCAGACUUGGGAGGGUUCUAGACUUUUUAAAUGUUUUUUGCUUUCCCCCCACUGACUAGCUCUGGUUCUCCAAGUCGGCUGCACACGGUAGUUUUGGCAUGCUCCAACUGGUUUCUGUCCUUUUAUGUGCUUUGCUUUCUGCAAAGCAUUUCUGUAAUGGUCAAGCUUUGUAAAUAACUUUUUUUUUUUUUUUUAUUUA